GGAGGUUACUUUCCUUCCAUCCUUCUAUCUCCGUGUGCCCUCACAGAGCUUCCACACUGAACCAGAUGAACCAUUCCAUCUGAAGUCAGUCUGGUUACAGGUGCAUUAUGAGUCGGCUGGAGGAGCUUUGCUUUCGGGCGCACAUGAUGGACUUGGAGGAGGAUUUCUACCCGUAUGGAGACGGAGGCGAGGCGCGCGCUGCGCUGCGCAGGACAGAGGAAGAGCUCGUGCUCGCAGCUCAGCUCGGGAACGCGCUUCUGUCUGAGAACCUGCAGCUAAAGGAAGAGAAUAACAAACUUCAGGAGGAAUAUACAGAGAAGAUAGAGGAGCUGGAGCAGGACAGGCACAAUCUGAGGCUGAAGCUGCAAGGAUGCCAGGCUCAGUGGGAAAAUCAGGUGGGAGAGCUGGAGCGGGACGUCCAGGCGCUGACUGCCCAUGCUGAGCGACUGACACUGCAGCUGAGCGAGACGAAGAGAGAGAAGACUCUGGGUGAAGAGCAACACAACGAAAUCAGUCAGCAGCUUCAGGAACAACUCCAAGAGGCUAUGGAGGUAAAAAUGGCCGUCACGGCUGAGCUGCAGAGCCUGAAGCAGGAACUGGGAGAGAGGGGCCAUCCAAGACCCCAAGAUGAAGAACUGCUUUGUGCCCUUAAAGAGCAAGUUGCACGAAUGACCCAACAGGAGCAGUCUCUGGAACAGCGGUUGGAGACGGUGUGUGAGGAGAACGCCAAGCUGAGGGACAGCUUGACCUCGUUAUACGCACAACUGGCUCUACAGGAGCAACAAAGUAACAUGCAAGUACAACAGCUGGCAGAGGCUUGGCAGGAGGUGGAGCUAGCAAAAGAUAGAGCUCAAGAGCUUCAGUCUCAGAUAGUGGAACUACAGGAAGAAAUUUCCCUCCAGAGAACCAUUGAUGAAGACACAUCCUUGCUUUCAGAAAUGGAGCGUAGUCUGGAUGACAUCAACUGGAACCAAGACAGGGAGCGGGAAAAAGAAAUACACCCUCGAAAGUUUACACUCAGACAGAUCACACAGGAAGUAAGCUCCAUCUUAGAAAUGCUGCUUCCUGUUUCCCAUGGUUCUGAGGCUCCAUGUAAUCAAGAAGAGAGCCUGCAAAGCAAGCUGGGACAGCUUAAGAGUGCAGCAGAAAGGAUUGUGCACAAUGAAACGCUGCAGGAGUUGAAGAGGCCCAUUGUGGGAGGAGACACAUCACUGAGUGAGAAUACAGCCUUUAUACAGGAGCUGCGGGAUCAGAAUGCACAGCUCUUAAAAGAGAACUCUAAGCUCAAAGCUGAUCUGCAGGAUGGAUCAGGAGAUCAAGAGAUCAUUCAAAGAGCUAUAAAAGACAGAGAUGAUGCCAUUUCAAAGAAAACAGCAGUGGAGGCAGAAUUGGUGCGGAGCAGGAACGACAUGAUGUGUCUGAACAACCAGCUGCUGGAGGCCAUCCAGCGUAAACUAGAGCUGUCUCAGGAACUGGAGGCCUGGCAGGAUGACAUCCAGGCAAUCAUUAACCAGCAGCUGAAGAGCCAGACAGAGCAGCAAAUGCAGUCAAAGCGGUCCGGAGGAGGCCGUCUCUCUGUUUUCCGAAAGCCAGUGAAAACAUCGACUUCUGUGUCCUGCAUACCGGAGGCCACCACUGUGCCCAAGCAUUCGCCCUGGAGAAACUGGCUGAAAAUGAACAAAUAAACCAGCACAGGAAAUGCACACACACUAUCUGCAUACUGCUGUAUAAAGUGUAUCUGCAUCAGCAUAUCAUAUAUGUGAUUGUGCAAGCUGCAAUGGUCUUAGCUCUCAGGCCAGACUAGAGCAAGCAUUGAGAACGUCACUGUAUGCAUCCGAAUGGAAAACACUACUACAUAAUGGAACGAUCCUGGACAAAGUUGGAUCCGCUGAUCCUAAUUUUUCUCUGACAUGAAUGCAUGUUUAUUUUAUCCCACACUGAUAUCUGUGUGGUAUUGAGAAAAAAAAAGCACUCGGGGAUCAAAUAUACUGUAUUUACUGAUUAUGUUUAUAUUAUUUAUUUAAAAAGGGGAAGAAAUCUAUUAUUCAGCGGCUGCUCUUAGAUAUUAAAACACUUUUAGAGGAUCAUUCAGGAAAACCAUUUCUAUUACAAUGAACUGCAUUAUUAAAAUAUGCAUGAGUAAUUAAAUUUUUUUUUUAAAGUGUUAACGUUUGCAAAACUUAAAAUAUCUCCCCAAAUAUUCAGCUUUUCUGAAUAUUUUGUAUUAGAUAUGGAAGAAUAACUCAAAUUGAGUUGAAAGUAUUACAAAACACUGGUAGAUAUGAAUGCCUAAGGCCUGUUAUAUGAAGUAAAUGGCUUAAUAUUUCAGUAUUUAGCCUACGUGCCAUCACAACUUGCUAAUGACUAACACAAACACUGCUGCUCAUAUCUUUGUACAUGAAUGUCAUAUCUUUGUACACAUCUUAAAGAAAGGAUGCAUGUCAUUUAUUUGUGGUCCAGCACAAGCAUAAUUUUUUUGUUUGUUUGUUUGUUUGUUUAAGAGCGUUUACAGUGUUUAAGAGAUGUGAACGUAAUGCGGACUUGUACUUUAUAAUUUAUCAGGUUAUCCAUUGUUAGGACAGAGUCCCAAUCUAGUCCUUCAGGAAGUUUAUGCCUUUUUAUGUGUUUAGUAAGGAAGGAACAAACGCCUAAGUGGCUACCCUAUGAAGUUACAUUUAAACCCAGUUUAGUAUUGUUUAUCAUAUUAUUGUUAUUAUUAUUAUUAAUAUUAUUAUUGAUCUGAAGUUAUCUGUAUUGAAAGAUAUGGUUGCAAAGGCAUGUUUAUAAAAUGUAUAAAUACAUACAUUGGUUCAUACACUGUAAA